UUUUCCUGGGGAAGGGGGGACUCUCUCGUCAUGGCUGUGAGCACCGACUCCGCGAGCAGGGUCAGGAGCAAAGGCAGCUGGAGCGCGGGAGAGGAGAAAAACCCGGAGGCUGCCGCGGGAGAGGGGCCAGGCGCAGCCGGCUGCAACGGCUGCUGUUCCUCGGCUGGGUCGGAGGAAGUGGAGAGGAGUAGUCGCUGCCACAGUAGGAGCAGCAGCCGCCGCCGCCUCUGGGUGGGAGCUCCGAGCGGCUGCUGGGGCGAAGGCGCUCGCUGGAAGGGCCGCAAACUUUCCUGGGCUCUGGGCGCGGGGUCGCUGGCGCUGCUCUUGGCGUUGGCGAUCCGCCUGGCGCGGAGCGCGGGGGACGAGGCGGCGGACCGAGGCGGAAGCCCCCCGCCAGGUGGGAGCUGCUGGCCCCCCGUCCCCGGCUUCCUGCUCUGCUGCUGCCUGCUGCUGGGUGCCUACUUCUGGCUGGGCUGGGACUUGCUGCGCGCCGGGGUCCGCCUGCGCACGGCCGCCCUGCUGCUGGCCGCCUGCUGCGCGGGGGAAGCCAUCGCGCAGAUUGGCCUGGCCCGGGGGGAGGACCGUCUGCUCUCCUUCGCCGCCACUGGCGUGGUGCUCAGCUGCCUGGCCGGCGGGGCAUGGCUGGUGCUGCGGCUCCGCCAAGGCGUCCUCAUGAUCGCCUUGACUAGCGCCCUGCGGAUCACCUCGCUCGUCUCCUGGGAGAGCGUCCGGGCGCCCUGGAGACCUUACCUGGCGUACCUCCUGGGCUUCGUGGGCAUCCUUUUGGCAAGCUGCGCGCGACACGCCUUGCCCCGCAGUCGUCACCGCCGCCGCCGCUGCUGCUGCUGCUGCGCCGCCGGGGAGCGGGAGGAGAAGGAAGAGGAGCAAGAAGGGGCGGAAGGAGGAGCGGGCUGCGCUGCCCCUGCCCAGCCGGCCAAGGAAGAGGUGCCGGUGUUUAAGAGGAGGAGGAGAUCGAGUUCGAUGAUCUCCGCCGAGAUGGCUGGCUGUGGCAACAAGUCGCACCGCAGGACCUCCUUGCCUUGCAUCCCUCGAGACCAGAUAAUGGGACAUUCUGAAUGGGAUCACAAACGAGGACCCAGAGGAUCUCAGUCUUCAGGUACCAGUAUUACAGUGGAUAUUGCUGUCAUGGGAGAAGCUCAUGGGCUCAUCACAGACCUUCUAGCAGAUCCUUCAUUACCACCCAAUGUAUGCACUUCCCUGCGAGCCGUGAGCAACUUGCUGAACACACAGCUCACCUUCCAAGCUAUCCACAAGCCGAGGGUCAGCCCUUUGGCCUCCUUUAAUGAGAACUAUACUUGCUCUGACUCAGAGGAAUGCUCGGAGAAAGGAGAAAAGCUGACUAUCCCCAAGCGCUUCCGGAAGAGUCUGCCACCGGGUCUUUUGCGGCGAGUGUCAUCCACUUGGACAACCACCACAUCAGCCACUGGUUUGCCUACCUUGGAGCCAGCUCCAGUGAGAAGAGACCGCAGCGCUAGCAUCAAACUUCAUGAUACAUCGUCAUCCAGCUCCGAUCCUUGGAACAAUUCCCUCCUGAUGACCAUCACCAAAAGCCGGUCUUUCUCGGCCUCCUACGCCAUGUCUGCGGCAAACCAUGUUAAUUCAAAAAAGCCCAGCCGACAAGGUAUUCUGCCAAGUAUUUCACCGCUCACCUCCCCAAGCCAUUCGCCCAUCCAGGGCACUCCAGCAAGCAGUCCUACCAGCAAGACCUCAGAGGAACAGUUUCCAGAGUCAGCCCUCACUGCCGCUAAGCAAGCCAUCAAAACCCAUAGAACCUUAGCCUCCACUCAGAGCGCACCUAACCUGUCGGGGCCUGUGGUGGCCGCCCCUGUCAUCUGCAGCAGCUGUGGUAGGCCAUACAACCAAACAGAUCCGGCUGAGGGGGCACUGGACGGAAGUGAUGGGAAAACGCACACCCUGAACAGAACAGAAGAUCACGCACAAGCCACAUCCGACUACGAAACAAACAACAGCGACAGCAGCGACAUUCUGCAGAACGAUGAUGAGACAGAUUGCUCCAGGGACAAGUCACGGACGGAAGCUGUCUGCAGGACGUACUCUCCAGAGACCAUCAUAUUGCAUCCCUUGUUACCACCUGAGGACAAGCCCAUUCUUGCACCGGAACCUCUGAUCAUGGACAAUUUGGAUCCUCUUAUGGAGCAGCUAAACAAUUGGAAUUUCCCAAUCUUUGAUUUGGUAGACAAGAUUGGCAAGAAAUGUGGUCGGAUCCUCAGUCAGGUAUCCUACAGACUCUUUGAGGACAUGGGACUAUUUGAAACCUUUAAAAUUCCUGUAAGAGAAUUUAUGAACUACUUCCAUGCUUUGGAGUGUGGUUACCGAGAGAUACCUUAUCACAACAGAAUCCAUGCCACUGAUGUCCUCCAUGCGGUUUGGUACCUUUCAACCCAACCUAUCCCAGGACUCCCAACUGUGAUUAAUGACCAUGGGUCAGCAAGUGAUUCAGAUUCUGACAGUGGGAUCACGCACGGCCAUUUGGGAUACGUGUUGUCAAAAACAUACACACCAACAGACGACAAUUACGGCUGUUUGGCUGGCAACAUCCCUGCCCUGGAGCUGAUGGCCUUGUAUGUAGCUGCUGCCAUGCAUGAUUAUGAUCACCCAGGAAGAACCAAUGCCUUCUUGGUUGCAACCAGCGCUCCUCAGGCUGUCCUGUAUAAUGACCGCUCUGUUUUAGAGAACCAUCAUGCUGCUGCUGCGUGGAACCUCUUUAUGUCUAGGCCGGAAUAUAACUUCUUGGUUAACCUCGAUCAUGUGGAGUUCAAACACUUUCGGUUUCUUGUCAUUGAGGCAGUUUUGGCCACCGAUCUAAAGAAGCACUUUGACUUUGUAGCUAAAUUCAAUGCCAAGGUGAAUGAUGAUGUCGGGAUUGAUUGGACAAAUGAGAAUGACCGCUUGCUGGUUUGCCAGAUGUGCAUCAAACUGGCUGACAUCAAUGGGCCAGCAAAAUACAAAGAAUUGCACCUGCAGUGGACAGGGGGCAUUGUCAAUGAGUUUUAUGAGCAGGGUGAUGAAGAAGCCAGCUUAGGCCUCCCUAUCAGCCCUUUCAUGGACCGCUCAGCACCUCAGCUGGCAAACCUCCAGGAAUCCUUCAUCUCUCACAUUGUGGGACCACUGUGCAACUCCUAUGACUCAGCAGGGCUGAUGCCGGGAAAAUGGGUUGAAGAUAAUGAUGAGUCAGGAGAUACAGAUGAGCAGGAGGAGGAAGAUGCUGCUGAAAUGGAUACCUGUGAAAACUCUGAGUCAAGGAAGAAGAGGAGGAAAAUCUACUGCCAAAUAACUCAGCACUUGCUUGAGAACCAUCAGAUGUGGAAGAAAGUGAUUGAGGAGGAGGAGAGGAGAGCUGGGGCCGAAAAGCAGACUCUGGAGCAACCCCCGGCUUUGCACCAAUCCUCUGAACAAAUUGAGGCCAUUAAAGAGGAGGAAGAGGAAAAGGGGAAGCCCAAAGGGGAAGAGGAAAGCACAACACUAGAAAUGAACCAAUGACGAUGGCCACAUUUUGAGCAGUAUUUGAAGACAAAGACGACUUGUGUACCAGUUCCUUUACAAGCCAGCACAACAUUUAGACACAACACUGUAGAAAUACGGGAUUUAUGCACCUACAGCUGUUUGAUUUGUUUCUUUCCUUUCCUUUCCCUUUUUUUAAAACAGUGAGGUACAUUGUUCAAACUCCUACGUUCAAAGAAGCUUUCACACUGCAACGCCGACUUUUACAGACUUUCUUACGGGAUGGGGGAUUAUAAAUAUAUAAUUAUAUAUAUAUAUAUUAACCUGG